UUGCGGUGACACCCGGAAGAGAAGGUGUUGUCGGCAGAUUCCAGCUGAGAGCAGCGAUCUGAGUGCGGCUUCACCAUGAAUGUGGUGCUGGCCGUCAAGCAAUAUGUGUCCAAGAUGAUAGAGGACAGCGGGCCGGGCAUGAAGGUGCUGCUGAUGGAUAAGGAGACGACAAGUGUGGUCAGUAUGGUCUACACCCAGUCUGAGAUCCUGCAGAAGGAGGUCUACCUGUUCGAACGCAUCGACUCAGCCAACCGGGAGAACAUGAAGCACCUGAAGGCCAUAUGUUUCCUCCGACCCACCAAGGAAAAUGUUGAGUACCUGAUCAAGGAGCUGCGAAGACCAAAGUACAGCGUCUACUUCCUCUAUUUUAGCAAUGUGAUCAGUAAGAGUGAUGUGAAGUCUCUGGCAGAGGCGGAUGAACAGGAGGUGGUGUCGGAGGUGCAGGAGUUUUACGGAGAUUACAUUGCUGUGAACCCUCAUGUCUUCUCGUUAAACGUUGUCGGCUGCUAUCAGGGUCGGAACUGGGACCCCGUCCAGCUGUCAAGAGCCACACAAGGACUGACCGCUCUGCUCCUCUCCCUGAAGAAGUGUCCGAUGAUCCGAUACCAGCUCUCCUCAGAAAUGGCCAAGAGGCUGGCAGAAGGGGUGAAGCAAGUCAUCACCAAGGAGUAUGAGCUGUUUGAUUUCCGCCGCACGGAGGUGCCGCCCCUGCUUCUCAUCCUGGACCGAUCUGAUGAUGCCAUCACGCCUCUACUCAACCAGUGGACGUACCAGGCAAUGGUCCACGAGUUACUGGGCAUCAACAACAACCGUAUUGACCUGUCCCGUGUGCCCGGAAUCAGCAAGGAUCUGAAGGAAGUGGUGCUGUCUGCAGAGAACGACGAGUUCUACGCUAAUAACAUGUACUUGAAUUUUGGAGAGAUUGGGACCAACAUUAAGAACCUGAUGGAAGAUUUCCAAAGGAAGAAACCCAAAGAACAGCAGAAGCUGGAGUCCAUUGGCGAUAUGAAGGCUUUUGUAGAAAACUACCCCCAGUUCAAGAAAAUGUCUGGCACGGUGUCCAAACAUGUGACUGUGGUGGGGGAGCUGUCCCGUCUGGUGAGUGAGCGCCAUCUAAUGGAGGUGUCUGAGGUGGAACAGGAGCUGGCCUGUCAGAAUGACCACUCCAGUGCUCUACAGAAUGUAAAACGUCUUCUGCAGAACCAGCGCGUUUCAGAACUUGACGCCACGUGUCUGGUCAUGCUGUAUGCUCUGCACUAUGAGCGGCACAGCAACAACGCUCUGCAAAGUCUCCUCUCUGACCUCCGUAAUCGAGGGGUGUCUGAAAAGUAUCGCAAGCUGGUGUCUUCUGUAGUAGAGUUCGGUGGUAAGAGAAUCCGAGGCAGCGAUCUCUUCAGUCCAAAGGAUGCCGUGGCCAUCACCAAACAGUUCUUCAAGGGACUCAAGGGGGUGGAGAACGUGUACACUCAGCACCAGCCGUUCCUCCUUGAUACCCUGGACCAGCUUAUAAAAGGGAAACUGAAGGACAACAUGUACCCCUAUGUGGGGCCCAGCACGCUGCGAGACCGGCCUCAAGAUAUCAUCGUCUUCAUGGUUGGAGGAGCGACUUAUGAAGAAGCUCAGUUGGUGUAUAACCUGAACCGGAUGACGCCGGGGGUCCGCAUUGUCCUUGGUGGUACCACCAUACAUAAUACAAAGAGUUUCCUGGAAGAAGUCCAAGCAGCUGGUUUCCAUGGCCGCCCUUCAGAAACGUACCAGGGGGCAAUGCGAUCAUCAGUCAGGCGAUGAGGACAAGAACAUGGCGUUCCUAUCCGGUCUUGUCCAGCCCUGAACGUGCAGGGGGUCCAUGUGUCAUGCUGUGCACUACAUUCUCCCUCUUCUCCCAUUGUACAUGGUCUAUGUCCUCUCCACAUGUUAAAUUAUGUGAAGUGUCCCCUCUCGAGAGCUCCUCAUGGACAGCUACAAACAUAAGACCCUGGACCUUCUUGAGAACGUUUGGACAACCAUUUUUAAGGUGCCUGGCUAGAGCAUGAGGGAACCUUCCCAAGGUCUAGGUCCAUAUGCCGCUGCUCAGUAGUCCAUCCAUGGAAGUAGCAGAGCUCUGCAAAGUUUUGGUGUUUCUGGGAAUAGGUGGACUUUAUUUGGGGGCAAGAAAAUAAUCACUGUACCCAGGGAGGGCGACAAUGCAAGAAGCGGGUGGGCUUUAAAAUAUGGCUGCAUCGGCCAAGAGAGACGCGUCCUGGAGGUGGCCAACCUGGCCUUAUGGCCAUACACACUAUAGAUAUAGGUCAGCUGAACAUGCUGCCCAUCUAAUGUUCAUCAUGGUCUCCUGGUUGAUCUGAGGGAUGUAAAGGUUGGGCAGAUGGAUUUCAACUUGCCCUAUCAUUCUAUUCUCAGGGAGAUAAGCCAGUGCAGGAGAAGUCUGGUGGCGGUUUACUAACCGCAUGUGUAUGGAGGGGUCGGGAGAGAUGAUGUGUAUAGCAGGCCUUACUGUGAUUGAAGGGGUUAUUUGGACUAGGUUCAGUUAGGGCAGGCAUGUCCAAACUGCGGCCCUCCAGCUGUUCCAAAACUACAACUCCCAGCAUGCCUGGAUAGCUUACAGCUAUUAGUGCAUGCUGGGAGUUGUAGUUUUGCAACAGCUGGAGGGCCGCAGUUUGGACAUGCCUGAGUUAGGGUAUCGGCUGUUAUCACUGGGCAAGCCGGGGUCCAUCAGACCUUGGAGGUUUUUGCAGUGGUGAUGUGGAUGCUAAAUGCUCCCACAUCAUGGCUGUCUCAGUGAGGCCUUGGGAGGACUGUGUGAGAUUUACUCUUCAGAAUUGCUUCCGUCUUUCAGUGCGUUUGAUCUUUUACUGAGCACUUGGUUUUGGGGUCAAAGUAAAAACCCUCUGUACGGGGGCAGCAGCUCUAAAUCCCUGUCCCCCAUGACGACUACUUUAUCACACACCUCUUGAGUGCUGACACCCUACUGAAACAUCCCUAUAUGCGAUGUGUCUUCAGUGCUGCAUGUCAAGUUUUCAUUUAAGGUGUAGUAUCCCUUCAAAAUGAUCUGUUUGCAGAUACCUGGUGCACUGUGUGGCAGUCCUAUAGUCUGGAUUCCCACCGGGUAAUUCAGGGACUUUACUAUCAGCGACCUAUCCUUAGGACAUGUCUUUGAUGUUAGAUCGGUGGGGGGUUCUGCUCCUGAGACCCCCUUCUCACGGUCAGCUGGCUGAAGGAGCUGCGGUGCUCUGGAACAGCGCUAUACACUGACUAGGUAGUGGCCAUGAACGAUACUGGAGCUCUCUCCCAAAAACCUCAAAAGCCCCUUUGAUCUGAAUGGUCGGCUUCUGUAUAAUGAUGGUCCAUAGCUUUGGGCAAGAUUUGUCACCUCUGUGCAUCCAUAUGUUCCUCCUGCAGUGACUGUAGUGUGUGUCAUGUGUUCCUCAUGUACUAAAUAAAUGUCUAAUAUUUUACUGGUU